GAGUGAGGGCAAGAGAGGAACACAGUGGUUUCAAGAGUUAGAGUUUCAGGGAAACGAGAGAGAGAGAGAGAGAGAGAGACAUACAGGCUGAGGGGUGUGUCAUAGCAAUUUAGUUCCUCAAGGAAGUACAACUCAACAUUAUCUUAAGACAGUGUGGCAGGAACAGAGAAGCUGCAGGAGGGCUGCUGCUGUUUUCUGGGUUUUGGUUCUGCUCCUGCUGAAGAUGGAGGGAUCUUUGUAAAUCCAGCGGCCUGAGCCGUCAACCCAGAGCAGAGGGAGAGAGAGAGAGAGAGACACAGCCGAGGAGGGAGGGGGACCCAGCACACACUCACACACACACAGAGACACACAAAAAGGCAGACAUGGACGCCUUCAGCACCAAGGACAUGGCCUUGAAGGUGCAGAAGAAGAUCUUCAGCUCCAUGGCCAGCAAGAGCUCAGUGCAAAUGUUCAUCGAUGACACCACCAGCGAGAUCCUGGACGAACUGUAUCGCAUCUCCAAAGAGUACUCGGGAAAUAAGACAGAGGCCCAGAAAGUGAUCAAAGACCUGUGCAAGAUCGCGGUGAAGAUUGGCAUCCUGUUCAGAAACAACAGGUUCAGCACAGAGGAGCUGGGUUUGGCCCAGGACUUUAAGAAAAAGCUGCAUCAGGGGGCGAUGACUGCGAUCAGCUUCUACGAGGUGGAUUUCACCUUCGACAAAGCGGUGAUGGCCGACCUCCUGACGAACUGCAGGGAUCUGCUGCUGAAGCUGGUCAACACACACCUCACCCCCAAAUCCCACGGUCGCAUCAACCACGUCUUCAACCAUUACUCCGACCCGGAGCUGCUGACCAAACUGUACGACCCCAACGGCCCCUUUCGACCGAACCUCACCAAGAUCUGCAAAGGACUCGACAAACUGGUGGAGGACGGCACAAUAUGACGGAGGAGCAGCGUCAGUCAGACACUGGGAGAUCUAAAGGCAGACACUGACGACUAUGAACUGCUGGACAAGGACAAAAAAAUUUUAAAAUAUAUACUGCUGCUGAGGACCGGCAACGAAAGACGAGCUCCCCCAUUGUUCUGGAAGAAUACAUGGGAUAAAAAUAAAGGUGGUUGAGUCAUCCCUUUAAUUUUGUUUUUAGGUUUAGAGGAGAUAUAUUGUCCAUGGACACCAAACUUGAAUUUAAACAGAUUUAUAUUCCGCUGUUUUAUUAGAUAGUAAAUUGUCAUCAGAUGUUUAUAAUUUGAAAAGUUACUACUGAAGUUCUGCAUUAUGGAGAAAACACACAGAACAAGUCAGGGGACAGUGCCACUGUAAUCCAGCACUGCCAUCUGGUGGUCAAAGUGAUGUAGCAGCAACUCAACGUGCAGAAACAGUCCGGCCGAUAACAGAGAACCUCACAGUGGACAAUUACUCCCACCAUCACUUUGCAGUUACAAACAUGUUUGAAAGCAUCACACUGUUGACGGCACAAGCUUCAAUCUUAAUCCUAUAAUUUGUGUUUUCCUGAAAAACGGCUGACAAUCAUUGGUUGAGAUAAAUACUUGUGUGUUAUUCUUUUGGUUUCCAUGAUAAUGAUGUUUAAUUUCAACAGACAAAGGGAAAGUGAAGUCCUGACCGGACGUUCCAGCUCAUGUAACAGUCUUUUCCUUUCGUGUAACAAUAACAUGGACAGACGUCAGUUACAGAAACAGAUCGAUGACGGAGAAAAUAUAUUCAGACCUAAGCAUGGGAUCAAAUACCGUUUUUUGCUUUAAAAUAAACUAUAAAAAAAGUUAUUGGAAUUGAAAACAUUUCCAUAAAAAAUAAAGAAUAUUGCUGUGGAAAUAUAUUCUAAAAAAAAAGUCUCUUUUUUUAAACUUUGGCUUCAUUGUAGUUUUACUUAUUCAGGAAAAAAACAUUUAUGGUCAAUUCUGUGUUUUACAGCGAACCUGACAGACUGUAUGCACUUUACAUAUCACGGAUCAUGGCAUCAAGUAUUUUUUGCUGGAAGACUUAGACAUUUUUUGCACUUUCAAGCCAUGAGGUAGCAUUACACACAACCACGUGUUGACUUGUGAACGGUCAUAUGACUGAAC